AUGCCCCUGCCUGGGGCGAUGUCCUUGGUUACUGUAUCAUUUUAUAAUACCUUGGGGACGUAUCGCGGGCAUGGCAACCAAUUUAUAAGACCUCUUCUCUCUUAUCCCUUCUGGCUGUCGCUUCUGGGUGGUUGGGUCGUCAAUUCUCCAUUCCAGUUAAUAGUCUAUUCGGCAAUUAUCUAUCGAUUUGGAUUUACAAAGAAUCUAUCUGUUCACAUCUAUCUGUUUAUUGUAUCUGUUCCUAUCUAUACAUCUAUCAAUAUCUGUUUACAUCUAUCUGUUCCUAUCUAUUUAUCAAUUGAUAUCUGUUCCUAUCUAUUUAUCUAUCAAUAUCUGUUCACAUCUAUCUAUCUAUCUAUCUAUCUAUCUAUCAAUAUCUGUUCUCAUCUAUCUAUCUAUUUAUAUCUGUUAACAUCUAUGUUCUCUCCUAUCUAUCUACCCCCUUUUUCUUUCCAUAUCUAUCUAUCUAUCUAUUUAUCUGUUCCUAUCUAUUUAUCAAUCAAUAUCUGUUCACAUCUAUCUAUCUAUAACUGUUUCUAUCAAUAUCUAUUCUCAUUUAUCUAUCUAUCUCAGUCAGUCCAUAUCUAUCUAUCUAUCUAUGUCAUUUCUCAUCUAUGUUCUCAUCUCUCUAUCUACAUCCUUUUGCGUAUCUAUCUAUCUAUCUAUCUAUCUAUCUAUCUAUCUAUCUAUCUAUAUCUGUUCUUAUCUAUCUAUCUAUCUAUCUAUCUCAGUCAGUCCAUAUCUAUCUAUCUAUCUAUCUAUGUCAUUUCUCAUCUAUGUUCUCAUCUCUCUAUCUACAUCCUUUUGCGUAUCUAUCUAUCUAUCUAUCUAUCUAUCUAUCAUUCAUCUAUCUCUAUAUCUGUUCUUAUCUAUCUAUCUAUCUAUCUAUCUAUCUCAGUCAGUCCAUAUCUAUCUAUCUAUCUAUCUAUGUCAUUUUCUCAUCUAUGUUCUCAUCUCUCUAUCUACAUCCUUUUAUCUAUCUAUCUAUCUAUCUAUCUAUCUAUCUAUCUAUCUAUCUAUCUAUCUAUUCUUAUCUAUCUAUCUAUCUAUCUAUCUAUCUCAGUCAGUCCAUAUCUAUCUAUCUAUCUAUCUAUGUCAUUUUCUCAUCUAUGUUCUCAUCUCUCUAUCUACAUCCUUUUGCGUAUCAUCUAUCUAUCUAUCUAUCUAUCUAUCUAUCUAUCUAUCUAUCUAUAUCUGUUCUUAUCUAUCUAUCUAUCUAUCUAUCUCAGUCAGUCCAUAUCUAUCUAUCUAUCUAUCUAUGUCAUUUCUCAUCUAUGUUCUCAUCUCUCUAUCUACAUCCUUUUGCGUAUCUAUCUAUCUAUCUAUCUAUCUCUAUCUAUCUAUAUCUGUUCUUAUCUAUCUAUCUAUCUAUCUAUCUAUCUCAGUCAGUCCAUAUCUAUCUAUCUAUCUAUCUAUGUCAUUUCUCAUCUAUGUUCUCAUCUCUCUAUCUACAUCCUUUUGCGUAUCUAUCUAUCUAUCUAUCUAUCUAUAUCUGUUCUUAUCUAUCUAUCUAUCUAUCUAUCUCAGUCAGUCCAUAUCUAUCUAUCUAUCUAUCUAUCUAUCUAUCUAUGUCAUUUCUCAUCUAUGUUCUCAUCUCUCUAUCUACAUCCUUUUGCGUAUCUAUCUAUCUAUCUAUCUAUCUAUCUAUCUAUCUAUAUCUGUUCUUAUCUAUCUAUCUAUCUAUCUAUCUAUCUCAGUCAGUCCAUAUCUAUCUAUCUAUCUAUCUAUGUCAUUUCUCAUCUAUGUUCUCAUCUCUCUAUCUACAUCCUUUUGCGUAUCUAUCUAUCUAUCUAUCUAUCUAUCUAUCCAUCUGUUCUUCUAUCUAUAUCUGUUCUUAUCUAUCUAUCUAUCUCAUCUCAGUCAGUCCAUAUCUAUCUAUCUAUCUAUCUAUCUAUGUCAUUUCUCAUCUAUGUUCUCAUCUCUAUCUACAUCCUUUUGCGUAUCUAUCUAUCUAUCUAUCUAUCUAUCUAUCUAUCUAUCUAUAUCUGUUCUUAUCUAUCUAUCUAUCUAUCUAUCUCAGUCAGUCCAUAUCUAUCUAUCUAUCUAUCUAUCUAUGUCAUUUCUCAUCUAUGUUCUCAUCUCUCUAUCUACAUCCUUUUGCGUAUCUAUCUAUCUAUCUAUCUAUCUAUCUAUCUAUCUAUCUAUCUAUCUAUCUAUCUAUAUCUGUUCUUAUCUAUCUAUCUAUCUAUCUAUCUCAGUCAGUCCAUAUCUAUCUAUCUAUCUAUCUAUGUCAUUUCUCAUCUAUGUUCUCAUCUCUCUAUCUACAUCCUUUUGCGUAUCUAUCUAUCUAUCUAUCUAUCUAUCUAUCUAUCUAUCUAUAUCUGUUCUUAUCUAUCUAUCUAUCUAUCUAUCUAUCUCAGUCAGUCCAUAUCUAUCUAUCUAUCUAUGUCAUUUCCCAUCUAUGUUCUCAUCUCUCUAUCUACAUCCUUUUUGCAUCUAUCUAUCUAUCUAUCUAUCUAUCUAUCUAUCUAUCUAUCUAUAUCUGUUCUUAUCUAUCUAUCUAUCUAUCUAUCUAUCUCAGUCAGUCCAUAUCUAUCUAUCUAUCUAUCUAUGUCAUUUCUCAUCUAUGUUCUCAUCUCUCUAUCUACAUCCUUUUGCGUAUCUAUCUAUCUAUCUAUCUAUCUAUCUAUCUAUCUAUCUAUCUAUCUAUAUCUGUUCUUAUCUAUCUAUCUAUCUAUCUAUCUAUCUAUAUCUGUUCUUAUCUAUCUAUCUAUCUAUCUAUCUAUCUAUCUCAGUCAGUCCAUAUCUAUCUAUCUAUCUAUCUAUGUCAUUUCUCAUCUAUGUUCUCAUCUCUCUAUCUACAUCCUUUUGCCUAUCUAUCUAUCUAUCUAUCUAUCUAUCUAUCUAUCUAUCUAUCUAUAUCUGUUCUUAUCUAUCUAUCUAUCUAUCUAUGCCCAAUAG